AUGAACAAAUUUGGGAUCAUAUUGUGGCUUGCAGGGAUUGCUUAUAUCCGGUGUGGUGAGGAGCCUAAACCACCAACCGUCAAGCCCACCAAGCCCGCUCCACCCCCCAAGUGCGAUGGCGGUUGGAAAAAGUUUGGAGCCAAGUGUUACAAGAAGGUGCAAGCACACGCCAAUUUCUGGGACAGCGCCCUGCAAUGCGCGCAAGCCAACGCGCAUCUCAUGACGACGAUCGUCCCGGAGGCAGACCGAGACGCCUUCAGGAGCUGGACAGAUUCGCGUCACGUUUGGAUCGGCGGCACCCACACGUCUCUUGCCCCUGCGAUCGAAUGUGAGGCCGGUUGGACGGCCGCCCAGCAUGACCAAAUGUGCUAUAAGGGGAGCAGCGAUUUACGAAACUUCAUAGAGGCCAAGGACUACUGUGCCAAAGAAGGUGGUACCAUGGCUUGUGCGCCGACGCCGGUUGAGAACGCAUUUUUAUUCAACUACAUGGCGGAACAAAAGUAUCUGGCUGUUUGGAUUGGGGGAUCGCUGGACAUGAAAGACAAAUGGAGCUGGCUUGACGACUCGGAUUGUAUGCAAGAAGAAACCCAA